AUGUAUUCCAGGAUCUUGUAUGCAAUAUUGUUAACAGGAGUGGUUGCUGAAGCUGUCAGUGGGCCAACGGUGUUUCACACAAUCAAAGAUGGAGGUCUGAGAGGGUUCCUACAAUAUUCCACAGGUCAACAAGGAAAGCCAAUCUUUACAUUCCGUAAUAUACCCUAUGCAGCGCCACCUCUAGGUGACCUCCGGUUUAAGCCCCCACAGAAGAACAAACCAUGGAGUGGGGUCAGGGACGCAACAGAAAAGGCUAAAGAAUGUCCUCAAGACCCUGCAAUGUCAGACACAUUGGAAGAAGCUGGUUGGCCAAUAGAGAAGAACAGACCUAUGAGUGAAGACUGUCUCCGUCUAGAUGUAUUUACUCCUACACUAAAUGAGAAGGCAAAGCUUCCAGUCAUGGUAUGGAUACACGGAGGAGGAUUCAUAAUGGGUUCUAACAGGGUAUAUGAUGGAACAGUGUUAGCAGCAACUGGAGAUGUGGUGAUCGUACCUAUCAACUAUCGUCUAGCCACUCUAGCUUGGUUGAACACUGGAGAUGAAGAUGCCCCAGGUAAUCUUGGAUUCCUGGACCAAAUUCAAGCUCUCAAAUGGGUAAAAGAAAAUAUAGCAUCUUUUGGUGGAGAUCCCGGUGAAAUAACAAUAUUUGGAGAAAGUGCAGGAGGGGUGUCUGUUGUGGCACUAUCCCUUUCACCACUGGGAGAAGGUUUGUUCUCUCGGGCAAUAGCUCAGAGUGGGUCAGCUAUCACUAACAGCUUCUUAAUACCAGCUGGUAGUUCAGGAAGUAUGAUUAGAGAACUUUCAAAAGCAGUCGGUUGUAAUGAGACUGAGGAUAACAGAGAAAUUAUCAUGUGUCUGAGAUCUAAGACUUGGGAAGAGCUAACAGAAGCUAAACCUCCAGAAGGAAUGCCAUAUUGGCCCUUUUUGCCUAUCUGUGGUGAUGCAUUUAUGCCAAAGCCCCCUAAAGACAUGGUGAAAGAGAGUGAUGUUAAGGCUCGUAUUAAAAGCCUUGACAUAAUGACUGGUGUGACAGAAAACGAAGGAUAUAUGAUGGCUGGGAAAGUGCUGGCCCCACACUUUACAGUGAAUAAGACAAGAGAAACAAUGUUUCAAGAUCUGAAAGCAAUGUUACAAAUAUUUGGUAUACUAGACCCUUCUGAUGAAGAGGCUUCUCAGCGAGUGGAAAAAACACUGAAUGAAAAGUACCUACCACAGGAGAAUCCUACAGAAGAUGAGUUGACAUUGGUGAUGUCAAGACUGACCGGAGACUUCAUGUUAAUCGCACCAACUCUACAAACUGCCCACUUGUUUAAAGAAAUAGGAGCCAAUGUUUUUGUAUAUGAACUCAGCCAUUCCCCUCUCCAAAUGAGAAAUCAUGGACGCCCAGAAUAUAUCAAGGCAGAUCAUGGAGAUGACAUAAUGUACAUGUUUGGUUUUCCAAAGUCCCCAUUAGGCCCUGAAGAAGGCAUUGUUUGGGAUGAUGAUGAUCUUAUUCUAGAGAACCAAAUGCUGAAGUACUGGACAAACUUUGGAAAAACUGGCAACCCAAAUGGAGGAGAUCUGUUAGAAUGGCCACAGUUCAGCACUGACAAUCAUGAAGCUAUAAGCCUGAGGACACAUUCAGUCAUUCUAACUCAAUUCAGCGAUGACAGUGUGAAGUUCUGGAGUGAAACUGUUCCAAAUAUUCUUAAGAAACAAGACAGUGAUCAGAAAGAAGAGCUUUAGGAAAUUAAAGAACUUGAAAAGCACAAAAUAAAACAAGGCAUUAACAUGACAAAAUGUCACCACCUAUUUGUUCACAAUAUUAUGAGUUCAAUCUUAAGUCAGGUUUGAACUUUUGAGAACUUG